UGACAAGAUUUCCAUCCGACAGUGGCGCCACCAUGUCAUACCCAACAGUCGGCACCACGACCAUCGUCGGUGGCGUCGCCGCCGUUGACUGCCAAAAGCAAGUCCGGUCAUGGAGACUUCUCCGCUCCCUCAUGGAGCUCCUCAUCCCAACCUGCAACUGCACCUUCAUCCAGGAGGACCACGAAACCUGCAGCCACAGUUACGACUCCCCACGGCGGAGCUGGGCUUCCUCCGCCACCAUCACCGGCACCAUAUUUGGCCACCGCCGCGGCAAAUUCAGCUUCUGCAUCCAAGCAAACCCCAAGUCCGCCGCCCCUCUCCUCCUCUUGGAACUCACCAUUCCCACCUCCGUGCUCGCCAGAGAAAUGCGAAGCGGAGUUCUACGAAUCGCUCUUGAAUGCAGUGAUAACACAGAUCAAGCUCGCUCGCUCUUGUCCAUGCCGGUUUGGACGAUGUACUGCAAUGGAAGAAGAGCCGGUUUCGCUGUGAAGCGGAAACCUUCGAAGGAAGACAUGGAGGUUCUGCAACUCAUGGAUUCAGUUGGCGUUGGAGCUGGGACUGUAAGUGCUAGUGGGAUCAAAGAGGUUAAUUCUGAGGACAAAAUCAUGUAUCUUCGAGGCAAGUUUGAGAUAGUUCGUGGAUCGUCCGAUUCCCAAUCUUUCCAUUUGAUCGACCCAGAUGGUAAUAUUGGACAGGAACUCAGCAUUUUCUUUAUUCGAUCGAAUUGAAUUAACAAUGAUCUUCUUCUUCUUCA